AUGGCUUCUCUGGUGGAAGCAUGGCAUCCCCCUCCACCUCCUUCAUCUUCAUCUUCUCCUUCUCCUCCCCCGCCGCCAGGUUCAUCAAGUGGGGGGAAUUCAUCAAGCUGUCCACUUAAUGCACUGAAAUUAGGAGCCUGUGUGGAUGUGCUGGGAGGGCUGGUAAAUGCUACCAUUGGAGAUCCUGCUGUCAAUACUUGCUGCCCUGUUUUGCAAGGUGUUUUGGCAAUUGAGGCAGCCCUGUGUUUGUGCACAACUAUUAGGGUUAAGCUUCUGAACCUGAACAUCAUCCUUCCCAUCGCUCUUGAGCUCUUUGUUCAGUGUGGCCUCACCCCCCCUGCUGGAUUUACUUGCCCACCACUUUCUUAG